CGCGCAGCGCCGUAGGCCGCGCUGCACGCCGGGCGGCCGCGAUGGCGGACGUGUCGGAGAGGACGCUGCAGGUGUCGGUGCUGGUGGCUUUCGCCUCCGGAGUGCUCGUCGGCUGGCAGGCGAACCGGCUAAGGAGGCGCUAUCUGGACUGGAGGAAGCGGAGGCUGCAGGACAAGCUGGCGACGACGCAGAAGAAGCUGGACCUGGCCUGAGUGGACGCCUCGCGAUGCACGCGCGCGCCCGGCUCCCUCGCCCUCCCGCCCGCGGGGCCGGCCCUUCCCCAGCGUCGGUGAGCAGAAGGACCGUGGGGCCUGGAGCCGCGCUUGCUGAAGAGGGAUGUAGAAUACCGGAAAGAAAUAAGUUCUUGCACUUUAUGAAUCUAUUUUUAAAAUAAAAAAAUUUAAAUAUC